AUGGCCUUCACUCGUCUCAUCCUGCUGCACACUCUGCUUGGGCAGAUAGACUCACAGGCUGAUGUGGUGAGUGUGAGUCCAGGCACACAAUACACUGCAACAGUCACAGUAUCCUCGUCUUCAGUCAUCAGCCCUGGAGUCAGCCGCAUGAUCAAUACCAAUGAGAGCGUCCCUGGUCCACCUUCAAGUCUUGAAGGAGAGGCUGUUGGUUCUAACGGUAUCCUGCUCUCCUGGACGAUGCCAUCUGAUGCGAAAAAUAUCGACGGAUAUGUCAUCAGGUACAAGGAGGUGUGUCCCUAUCCUGAUCCCACCUUCACACAGGUGACCAAGUACCUGGACAUACCAGAGACCCUGCUCACUGACUUCACCUCGGGUUCAACUUACCACAUUGAGGUAGCAGCCAUUUCUCCAGCUGGAAUCGGGGCCUUCAGCAAGUCUUUGUACAUAAAGACAGCUGAGUCCCCUCCUGGUUUGGUGACCAACUUGACAGCAUUCGCUCAAAACCACACCAACGUCAUGGUAACCUGGUUCCUACCACACCGCAUCAACGGCCUUAUCACAAAGUUUGCUGUCAAGGCUAAACACGCCCGUACUGGGCAGACGGUCCGUACAUUGGAGGUCAAUGCAGAGGACAUCAUGACCGGAGCACUUCCACACUGCAACGAUGCAGCAGACAUCCUUUCCCGUGCAACUCCCAGUCCCUUUGAGAUAACAGCGCCAUCAUCCCCCAUCACCCACUCAGCUGUACCCCCUGCAGCCUCCUGGAGUGUCCCCAUAUCAGUGGGAGUCGACCAGCUACGACCUUACACUGCGUAUCUCUUCGAGGUGUCUGCCUUCACCUCUGACGGAGAGGGACAGAUAGCCUCCACUAUGGUUCGCAUGCCAGAAUCAGCCCCAGAAGACCCGCCACAAAACUUGAAUAUAUUGACUAUGACAUCCAGAUCAAUCUCUGUGUCCUGGAGCUCUCCCAGCAUCAUUACAGGGAAAUUUAGCUACAUGCUCUACCUUUAUGGACCUACAGGAUAUUUGUAUGAAAACAGCACAGGAGACAUGCAGUUUUCUUUUACUGGUUUGACCCCCUACACAAGCUAUACGGUGGCUGUCCGAGCAAAAGCUGCUGGAGAGGUGGGUCCAGCAGCUGAGCAGGAUGUAAUUACACCCCCUGAAGCACCAAGUGCGGUGCAGGAGUUGAAGGCGGUGGCUGAGGAUUCAGUUUCUAUCCGUGUGAGUUGGAAAAGCCCUGCCGAGCCCAACGGUCGCAUCACCCAGUACAAAUUGCAGGUGCUGGCUGAGGAGGUCCUGCUGCAGGAUAUAACCCUCACCUCAGAAAUGAACGCAACUGGUAUGUAUGAGGAUGAUACCCAACCUCCUGAUGUCCCGAACAAUGCAAGGCGUAAGAGGAACGCCGAGCUCAGUGAGAUGACGUCCGCGCCGACUUUUACAGCAACUCUUUCAGCUCGCAGAUUGCCCACCGCGGUUACUGCUUCCGCUUUCACACGUUUCUGGCUAAGAAGCGCCGACCACAUUACUAACACUGAAGAUCAACCAGCUGCUGACUCCAUGAUCUCUGAUGAUUCCAGCAUCACUUCAGUCACUUCUUUAGCCGCUAACAGCGAAGAUAUUCAAUCUACCGUAGUGACUGCUGCAUUUUCUUUUACAUCUGUGCCACCUGCUUCACUUCCACCCUGGCUUACAAAGCAAUCAAAUUCUCAGGAUAUGACCUCAGACUCCUCACAAUUGGCUCUGACCCCGGGCCAGCUCCGCAUAUCCACACAUGAUGCAUCCAUAACAGGACACUUUUCAACACGCAUUGCAGCAGCCUCUGGUAGCACAGGCGUGACAGUGAGAGAGGAGGUGAUGGACGUUCUGUCUGAGGAGCUGUCUUACCUGGUGGCAGAUCUGAAUCCCUUCACUGAGUACACAUUCAGGGUCACUGCGUCUACCACUGUGGGAGAAGGUCCUGCGAGGGACAUUACUGAGAAGACAAGGGAGCAGGUCCCUAGCUCGGUGCUGGAAGUGUCUUAUCAAAACAUCAGCUCCACAUCCAUACUAGUGACCUGGGUGCCACCUCUUAACCCCAAUGGGCUGAUCACACAUUACGCUGUCUAUGGCCUCAACCUGCGCAGUAAUCAAGCCCUGCAGUGGGUUUCUGACACCACCAGCAUACUGAUAACAGAUCUGGACAAAUAUACUGGUUAUAAGCUACGUGUAGCUGCGUCUACAGCUGUCGGAGAGAGCUCUCUGUCUGAGGAAGACGACAUCUUUGUUUACACCUUAGAGGAUGAGCCCGACUCCCCUCCCGUGGACCUCAUGGUGGAUGACACCAGCCCCUCCACCGCUACAUUGACCUGGUCCUCACCUGAGAAAGCCAACGGAGUGAUCCAAUAUUAUGAGGUCACGUAUGAGAACGAGUCCUACUCCGCGUUGAUGAACACGACCUCUAACACGGUCACUCUGAUCGACCUGAAGCCGUUCUCACACUACAACGUAUCUGUGAGGGCGUACACGCGCUACGGCCACGGCAACCAGACAUCAGAAAUGUUAUACCUGCUGUCCGGAGAGGACGUCCCCGGCAGUCCUCCUUAUGGUGUGGCUUACGAGUCGGUCAGUCCCAGCGAGGUGAACAUAACCUGGCAGCCCCCUCUGCUACCUAACGGAGUGAUUACCCACUACAGCCUGGAGCUUUGGAAUUCAAGUCACUACUUGAACUUCACCUCACACAACAGCCUCCACAUCACACACCUGAGGAAGUACGCACACUACCGCGUCGCGGUGCAAACGCACACACGUGUCGGGCCCGGGAACUACAGCAGCGCGCUCAACAUCACCACACUGGAGGAUGCUCCAGACACGCCACCUCAGUUCCUCCGGGCCACAAAGUUGUCAGACUAUGAGGUAGAAUUGUCAUGGCAACCGCCACCUGAAGCCAAUUCAAAAGUACUCUACUACAUUGUCAGAGUUUGGAAUGAAACAACUGAGCUGUGGCAGAAUGUAACUCAGACAUCUGUGGUUAUAAACGUAGACUCACAGAGCCUCUACAACGCCUCUGUGUCCAGCUGGACCAGGCUAGGAGACGGAGGGGUACUGAUCUACAUCAGCUUUACCACCACUGACGCAGAACCAUUUGACCCCCCGCAGAAUGUGACUUUUGUAAAUGUGACCGCCUCCUCCGUCACCUUGCUGUGGCAUCCACCCACUGAACCCAAUGGCAUCGUUGUACUUUACACUAUUUUCUACUCUGAUAACAACACUGUGAAUAUGCAGAGAGUUCCUGUUUCCACAUUACCUGCCCCGGCCUCUCCUGGUUCAGCCCUCUCCUACACUCUGACCCGGCUGGUUGGGGGCACAAACUACUCCCUGUGGAUGACCUCCAGCACCGUGCAGGGGGACGGAGGGGUCCGGAGUGAUCCGAUAAUCAUCUUCUUACCGGAGGACGUGCCAAGCGACUCGGUCAAAAAUCUGUCGGCUCAGAUCUUCAGCUCCACAGCCAUCAUCGUCAGCUGGGACCCUCCCCUUGAGCCCAAUGGCCGUCCCUACUACCUGCUCACCUUACAGGAGGCCGGCAUCAUCCCAAACGUAUCCGUCCAAGGGGCCCCGGCUGUCAACAAGACCAUCAAGCAUACCACGACUGACACUGUCUUCCUAUUCACCAGACUCAGGAAGUAUUUCCCUUAUGUGUUCACUGUUACCCCUGCAACUGGUGCUGGCCCUGCCUACAACCAUAUCAGCACAAUGGACCUGAGAACAGACGAUGAUAUUCCUAGUUCUGCUCCAUUGCUGGUAUCCACCAGGAAUCUGUCAUCCUCCUCUAUCAGAGUGGUCUGGAAGCGCCCUCUGGAGGCCAACGGCGAGAUAACUGAGUAUACCCUCACUCUCAUUGGCCCAGGAGGAUCCAACACAACCCAAACCCCCAGCACCAUGUCCAUUCUUACCGACCUACUGCCAUACACCGCUUAUAAUCUCACUAUCACUGCUGCAACUCGCAAAGGCUCAGGGCCUAACCUGCUGCUGCAGCUGCACACUGAUGAAGGAGGCCCCAUGUCCCCUCCUCGUAACCUGACUAUUUACAACCACACUGCCGUCUCUGUGUGGCUGAGCUGGGAGCUGCCCCUGGAGCCCAAUGGAGUGGUGAUACAGUACGGCUUCAGGAUCCGAGACCUCAUCACACACACUGUCACACACAGGAAUUCCUCAGGUCCUUCAACAACAGAGUAUCUAUCAGGCUUCAGGCCUCAUAGCUCCUAUGAGAUCAGUGUUUACAGUUACACCAGGGUGGGCCAUGGGAAUCAGUUCAGCAGCCCGGUGACCUUCAAAACUAAUGAGUCAGUGUCUGACGCUGUGGGUAACCUGUCUUGCUCCGGUGUCAGCUGGGAUUCAGUUCAGCUGUCUUGGGAACCUCCAGCCAAACCUAAUGGGCAGAUUCUUUUUUAUGAGAUUCUUCUGGAGGUAGACUCACAGUCCUACACACACCAGGCUCCCAUACCAGAGUACACCGUGAUGGGGCUUUUGCCAGACCAGGAGUAUGCACUCACAGUGACUGCAGUGAACUCUGCCGGACCUGGAGACAGUGUAAACUGUACUGCCGCCACUCUUUCUGAAUCAGCCCCUGCUGCCCCUCGCUUCCUCACCGUCUCUCAGAUCACAACAAACAAUGUGACACUUUGGUGGGCGCCGCCGCUCUCUAUUCCAGGCCUGCUGAAAGAGUACCACAUCAUUGCACAGCUGCUU